GGAGCAGGAGGUGUCCCCGCGCACCUGCGCCCUGCCUCCUUCCCCGCCCGCUUCCCUGUUGACUCGUCGUCAUCGUUGAUGUUUCACCUUGUCCGACUCCACCGACUACCUCUACAGCUGAAGCAUCUCUUUGGUCCGUGUCCUUCUUCCUCUACCGGUAUAAUGUUGACUGACGGCCGAUAGUUUUACCCAGAGACAGCCGCCUCUGUGCCGGGUGGACAUGCAGGACAAAAGCUGCACGUUAGCAGCCGCAGCCGGGAGCCCCACCGGAGGAAGCGGCGCUGCGGCGCAGAAUGGUCACAAUCCAGCAGCAUCACCCACCCCGAAGUCUGAAUCCCAAGUCCACAGUACGCCUCCAGCCACAGUUAUCCCACGGGAGCAGUGGGGUGGGAAGUACGAGUUCCUGCUCUCUUGUAUUGGAUACUGCGUGGGACUGGGCAAUGUCUGGAGGUUUCCAUACCUCUGCUACCGCAAUGGAGGAGGUGUGUUUCUCAUCCCUUACUUCAUUAUGCUGUUUGUGACGGGCGUUCCACUCUUCCUCAUGGAGCUGAGUUUAGGCCAGUACGGUGCUGCUGGUCCCAUCACGGUGUGGAAAUGCUGCCCUCUGCUUAAAGGUAUAGGAAUUGGAAUGCUGUGUGUGUCCACGUUGGUGUGUCUCUACUAUAAUGUCAUCAUAGCAUGGACAUUUUACUACCUGUUCAGCUCUUUCCAGAGCCCCUUGCCCUGGUCAUGUAAUGCUAAAGCUAACGCUGCAUUCUGUGGCAAUGGCACCACUGCAGGCAACAGCUCCAUGGAAAAGACUCGCAGUCCCACUGAGAUUUUUUGGAACGAGAGUGUGCUGGGUGUAGUUCACAGUGAAGGCCUUCAUGAUCCGGGCCCCGUUCGGGCCCCCCUGGCUCUGUGCCUCCUGGCUGCCUGGAUUAUUAUCUUCCUGUGCAUGCUCAAGGGCAUCCGCAGCUCAGGAAAGGUGGUUUACGUGACCGCCACGUUCCCAUACUUCGUCCUGGUUGUUUUGAUCAUCAGAGGUGCCACCCUAGAGGGGUCUCUUCAAGGUGUCGCUUUCUACCUCACACCAGACUGGAGCCGGCUAGCUAAUGCACAGGUGUGGAAUGACGCAGCAUCGCAGAUCUUUUACUCCCUAGGAAUUGGGGUUGGAGGGCUGCUUUCUAUGGCCUCUUACAAUAAAUUUGACAACAACGUCAUCAGAGAUACAAUCAUUAUCACCACAGGAAACUGCUGCACCAGCUUUUUUGCAGGCUUUGCUAUUUUUUCCAUUCUGGGUCACAUGGCAUGGAGGAAGGGAGUGCCUGUGGGAGAAGUGGCAGAUACAGGUCCUGGGCUGGCCUUUGUUGCUUACCCAGAAGCCCUUGCUCUGCUACCAGGCUCAGUGUUUUGGUCUAUUAUGUUCUUCCUCAUGCUGUUUAUGCUUGGGAUCGAUACGCUGUUUGGCAACAUGGAGGGCAUCACCACAGCCGUGUUGGAUGAGUUUCCAAACCUCAGGAGGAACACGCUGCACAAGUCCAUGUUCCUGGGUGCUCUGUGUUUCACCUUCUACCUGAUGGGCCUCCUGUUAGUGACGAACGGAGGGAUUUACUGGUUCACUCUCAUUGACUCCUUCAGCACUAGUUUUGGCCUCAUCAUCAUCACAUUGUUCAUGUGCCUUGGCAUCUCCUUCUUCUAUGGAGUCAACCAGUUUUGUCAGGACAUCAUUGAUAUGAUCCGUCACUGCCCUCCCUGGUGCAGCAAAUUGCUGAUUUACUUCAAAGCAUGCUGGGUUUUUGGCACACCGUUUCUUCUGAUGUUCAUCCUGAUCUACAUCUUCAUUGAGAUGUACAACACCCCACUCCACUACGGCUCCUACGUGUAUCCUCAGUGGGGGAAAGGAUUGGGCGUGUGCAUGGGCGCAACCUGCUGUCUGCAGAUCCUCAUCUGGGCCAUUGUGGCCAUCAGCAGGGAAACAGGAACACUGAAAGAUCGUUUCCAGAAAACAAUCCGACCCCUGAACUCCUGGAGGGUUAAUAACUUGAACAGCACUGAGAGAAGUGAGGAGCACAUGGAGCCUGACAGAGUGGAAGCUCCGUUCACCGUCACGCUCACAGACAGGGACUUCACUGCGAUGACGUGGGAGAUGUGAAGGCAGAAAACGGGCAGCAGAGAUGGACUGAAAACAAAUCAACCCAUGAAGGCUCCGGUAGCUGCUUAGGAUGAAACUGUUCUGCAGGGCAGUGUGGAUUAAUACCUUAUUUAUAUUAUGUGUAUAUAUGAAUAGUAUUUUUACAUUUUUAGAACGUGAGACUCCAAAUGUAAAGGAUUAGAUCUUUUUUGCUGUAUGAUAAGUUUUUUUUAUGGCUGAGAGACCAGAGCGUCAUUAAGUCCAAGAAAAAAGUAAAAAAAAUUAUAAAAAAAAAUUACCUUUAAAGCCUGUUAACAACAUUUUAAAGAUUUGCCACAUUGUCAUGGUAUUGCCCACAUGUCUUCAAUUAGACAUUCAGUCUUAAUGGUUUUAUUACAUUUUUUUAAUUGAUUAAAUUUCAUAUUGACUGCAAAAAAACAGAGACCUCAACAAGACAAGUUGGUAUAGAAAACAAAUUAAACAACUCGGUCUUUAUAUUUUGGCUAUAAUUACAGAUUCCUAUAACAUUCAUUCAGCUGUCUAACCCUCCUAACUUAUUUGUGGUAAAACAAGCUAUAAAAUUAGCACAUAUAGUCUAGCUUGAAUUUUAUUUCACCUAAUUCUUAAGAUUACACCUCAAAUUAGUAUAAAGGGUGGGUUAGUUGGAACAUUUCAGAAUUUGACCGCACGUCCCAAAACCAUUUUACAAGUAAAUGUGGAUUGGAAUGGCCUA